AUGACGGUGAAAAUACUCACAGUGGAUAUUGUGCCAAGGAUCUUCGAGUUGUUCGAAGCGCAGCUGCGAAUAGCAGAUGCAUGGAUGGAUGAUGGGUUGCGCAUGCCGGUGUGUCUCCGGUUCUUAUCGCAUGGUUAUCGACACCGGAGUCCUCCGUCCAUCAGUGUGAAACAUGCUGGGACAGAGUUUGUGCGUGGCAGUAAUCCCGCCCUCCCGACGGCCGGCCCGUCCCCGGACAACUUCCUGGGCCCCGAAGGUCUGGAAAAUAAACAAGCAGCAGGUUCCUCGGAGUCAAGCCGAUUCCAGAGCAGUUCCAGAAAUUCUUGA